ACGUUUUCUCCGCGUCUGAUUAGCUACCAAACCUCCAAUGGAGUUCACAGAGCAACAACUGAUCCAGUACAACGGCACCGACCCAUCACAGCCAAUAUACGUAGCAAUCAAGGGUCGAGUCUUCGAUGUCACCACCGGAAAAUCCUUCUACGGGCCCGGCGGUCCCUACGCCAUGUUUGCUGGCAAAGACGCGAGCAGAGCUCUUGCAAAGAUGAGCAAGAACGAGGAAGAUGUCUGCGCAUCUCUCGAUGGCCUCUCUGAGAAGGAGAUCGGGGUUCUCAACGACUGGGAGAAGAAGUUCGAAGCUAAGUACCCCGUCGUUGGCCGCGUUGCAUCCUGAAUUUCGUUGCUUCUCUCAAAUUUAAAGUAAUAUAUAUGCGUGUUCUAUCUUCUGUCCCUUUUAGUGUUUAUGUAAUAUACUGUUUUCCUGAGGCUUGAAUCGCUUUGUUAUGUGUGGGCAUCCAUCAGUUUUAACGAUUAUGUGAAUCUAUUGCUGCUACUUCUACCUCAUGGAGCCCUGUUUAGAAUGAAUAAAAUAUGGGCUUUAUAAUCUAUGGAGUUUUAUAUAUGUGAAAAUUUGAAUCUUUAAUGUUAAUAUACUUUAAUUUUUCUC